CGUCUCCCGAUAUUCUCAAAAUCGCUCGGGUUUCGAUCCCGUCAGUUCAUUCAACUUCAUGAUUCUUCAAUAACUAUCAGACGUCCUAACUAAACGAGAGAGCCAUCACGAUGGGGAGAACAAUCCGCAUUCUGGGCCUGCACGGCUACGGAACAAGUGGCGCCAUCUUUGAAUCACAGACUGCUACAUUCCGACAGCAUCUCAACAAGGGAGACCCGUAUAAUAGCGGAGAUAAAUUCGAAUUCGACUUUGUUGACGGUCCCUUUCCCUCAGGCCCCGCAGCUGGCAUUGAGCUGUUCUAUAACCCUCCGUACUACUGCUUCUGGCCAAUCAAUCACACUCUAGACGACAUCGCCGCGGGCCGCAAGUGGCUGUACGAUUACAUCCAUAAGAAUGGACCGUACGAUGGGGUGAUCAUGUUCUCUCAGGGCUGCGUACUCGGCUCGGUGACCCUACUACACCAUUUCAAAGACACGCCGACAAAACCUCCGCCCUUCAAAUUCGCGAUUUUCGUCUGCGGUGGACCACCGCUGAAGGAGCUGGAGGAUAACCUCGGAUUCACGGUGCCGAAGGAAAUCUGGGCGCUGGAUUUGGCAUCCCGCAAGGCUCUGGCGCAACGGGCUGAUACAGCAGCCAUCCUGGCCCGGGGCUCUGAUCGAUGGCAAAACGAUCUGCAGGAUCUCACGGACCUGACCUCUGAGGAGUUGGCAGAGCUGAUCCAUGGCCCAAUUCAAAUGAAUAUUCCGACAGUACAUAUUGUUGGCGCGAAAGAUCCGCGCAAUUUCUCUGGGUAUCAGCUUCAUGCGUUGAGUCACCCGGAUGUGCGCAAGAUAUACGAGCAUCAUGGUGGCCAUGAUAUUCCUAGAGAUGUGUCGACGAGUACGACGAUUGCAAGCUUGGUUCGAUGGGUUUCUUCACCGCUUACGGCGGCGAAGUUAGGACAGAAUGGGGCUUGAGUAUAGUAUCUCGGUUUGGUAUAAGUCAUGAUUUCAGGAUAGACUAGACAUUUGCGGGCAUGCAUGUGAUUUUUGGUUUUUUCAUGGCACGGAUUUGGCU